CCAACCUCCUAUCGGCCGUCCCCGGCGCCUCUUAGCCCAUCGCUCAUCCUCCGACAUGCCAGCCCGCCUAUCGCGGCGACAUGUCCGUGGGGGGAAAGACAAUCUACGCCAGGCUAAUGGCUGCAACGAACGAUACCGGCGCGCCGAUUGCUUCAGCCAUUAGACUUUGCAGUUCUAGCGCUUCCCCCACACUCCGUCUGCCGGGCUAUCGCUUACAGUCCAAGAUGUAGCAGUUUCGACAGCCCUGAUUUAAAAAGAGCGAGCUAGUCCUCCUACCCCUCCUUGUCUACUGGUUUAUUCCCCGAUAUCUUGAACGACAAACCUACAUCUUUACAGCAUGUCGACAUUAAAGUACUGGGCUCGCAAGCUCUCCGUCGAGGCAGAGGACGGCCUUACCUCUGCGCAGCUCAUGCUGUUCAACCAUGAUCUCAAGCCCGUGGAAAAAGAACGCCGACUAUGGGGUAGCUGGAAUUUUGUCGGCUUCUGGAUUGCCGACAGCGCAAACAUUGGCACCUGGAUGAUUGCCUCGUCCAUGAUUACCAGCGGCCUGUCCUGGUGGCAGGCCUGGCUGUGCGUCUGGCUCGGAUACACAAUUGGUGGCUGCUUCUUGGUCUGCACGGGACGCAUUGGAGCCGUCUACCAUAUUGGAUUUCCCGUUGCCAGCCGAUCGUCGUUUGGAAUCUGGGGAGCCAUCUGGCCUGUCUUCAAUCGGGCGGUCAUGGCAUGCGUCUGGUAUGGAGUCGUAGCGUACCUGGGUGGACAGUGUGUCUAUCUUAUGAUUCGCUCCAUAUGGCCGUCAUGGGAUAGAAAGGCCAUGCCCGGGCCCUUCAACACGACCGCCACAAGUACCCCAGACUAUGUCUCCUUUGUCAUUUUCUGGCUUGUCUCCUUGCCUGUGCUUUGGUUCCCUGUCCACCGCCUUCGACAUUUGUUCACUGUCAAGGCCUAUAUCGUGCCCUUUGCGGCGCUGGCUUUUGUCAUUUGGGCCAUUGUGCGCGCCAAGGGCGUCGGCCCCAUCAUCUCCCAGCCUGCAAGGUUGUCUGGUAAUGACCUUGCUUGGGAGUUUGUCAAGGGCGUCAUGUCCUCCAUUGCCAACUUUGCUACCUUGAUUGUCAAUGAUUGCGACUUUACUCGCUUUGCACGCCAUCCCAAGAAUGCCUUCUUGCCUCAGCUGCUUUCUAUCCCCGCAAGUUUUGCAGUUACUUCUCUGCUUGGUAUCCUAGUCUCUUCUUCAUCUAGUGUCAUCUUUGGAGAGACUAUUUGGAACCCAUUGGACUUGCUCGGACGCUUCUUGGAUGAUGCUGGCGCUGCGCAGAGGUUCGGUGUGUUUGUCAUUGCCCUGGCAUUUGCUCUCGCGCAGCUGGCUACCAACAUUGCAGCAAACUCCAUCUCCGCUGGUACCGACUUGACUGCCUUGAUGCCGCGCUACAUCAAUAUCCGCCGUGGUGGAUACAUUUGCGCGGCAGUCAGCAUUGCCAUGUGCCCAUACAACUUCCUGAGCGACUCCAACAAGUUCACUACCUACUUGUCCGCCUACAGCGUGUUUCUGAGCUCCAUUGCUGGAGUCAUCAUUUCAGACUAUUACUUUGUCCGCAAGGGAAUGCUAGUAGUCAGAGAUCUGUACGACGCCCGAAAUACAGGAUCGUACUACUUCUCGUAUGGUUUCCACUGGCGAGCGUAUGCAGCAUACUUUGCCGGUAUCAUGAUCAACAUUGUUGGCUUUGCCGGCGCUGUAGGCGCGACUGUGCCUGACGCUGCCAUGUACAUUUACAACCUCAAUUAUUUCAUGGGAUUCAUCCUCUCGGCAGGCAUUUACUGGGGACUUUGCAUGAUUUCCCCAAUUCCUGCCACCAGCCAGACAUGGCUCGAAGUUGGCGAAGACUCGGAUGAGCUGCAAGUUCAAUAUACCGCCGAUGGUAAAGACUUUGACGCCCUUGGUGUUCGCCCUGCGACGGGAGAAGUGUAAUUUUUGAAGGCAAUUCUGAAUUGACCAAAAAAGGAGAUUAUGUAGUUUAUGGCAUCGUAAAAUAACGCACUGAUUGUACCCCG